UGUUAAUGUAGGAGUGAUGAUGAUGAUGAUGGGGCGGGUCUACCCCCAUGAAGUAGGGGAGGGAUGGACGCCCCCCCAGAUGUUAUCUUCGUUCUUCCCUCUUCUUCCUCUUCUUCCCCAGCCGCUGCCGCUCCACCCGCCGUCGCCGACCGUCCGCAGUCCCCCGUGAGAUUGUUUUUUCUCCGUUCCAUUCCUGGUUACCCAAAAAUUUAGGUCCCGCAGUAAUGAGUUUUUUUUCUUUUUUUUUCCUUUAAUUAUUUUUGUAAAUUUCACACUGUUGGUCUUAACGGCUACACUAUGGGCUACAGAAUGGGGGAGAUGGAUUUGCGACGCCGCCGGCGAUGCGAGGUCAGCCUUCCAGGACACUCACAGGACAAUAUGGCAAUAACAAUGACCUAAACUUUAGAAAUAUCAACAACACAAAAACAAAUACAAACACAACAAAAACAAUAAAAGGAGCAAACGAAAUAAAAGGAGCAAACGAAAAUUCAUCACAACAAUCAUCGAAGAGCAAUUGUCAAAACAAUUGCUUUGAGAUUGAAUUAGAUAAUAACAUACUAAUAUCAAUACAUAAAACAUGAUCUUUAGACAACCUUAACAUAGGAUAGGAGGAAGGCCGAUCAAUCCAGUUGAGUCCCCGCGGCAAAAAUUGCGACGGAGGUCCAAUCCGGCUCCCAACGUCGACGGCGUCGCACUUGGACUUGCUGGGUGGGUGGGGAGACCGCAUUCCGGCCCCCAGGCAAGAGAAAAAAAGACAGCCCCCGGGAAAGAGGAGGGGGCUCCACCCCAACGGUGGGGGUAGACCACUUGACUUUUCGCCUCGAUGGAGCCCUCUCCUCCACAAUUCCGCACAAUCCACGGGGGCGGGGGAAGAGGGCUGCAGCUCGGCGUCAGGCCCCUUGGUGGGGCUGUAAUAAGCACCCUCCUUUACGUGAAGGGGCAGGCUUGCGCUCCUUACCGGGGAGCGUUAGUGCAGGCCCCUGAAGGGGAACCCGCCAGACCGGUAAACGGUUGUGGGGUCACAGGUGAAACCCAUCCCGACGGAGACACUCAUAGGUACUCUCCGGCCUCACAGCCGAUGAGGAUCUUUAACUCCGAACGAUCGUCGGGGGCACCAAUAGUUCCCGCGGCAGGGCCUUACCAUCAGGUGGUCUGGCGUGCAGCGGGGCUAUAUUGCGGAGGUGCUCAUGGGGGCUGCAGCUCGCUCGUACAUGUUACGUGCGAGUCUAAUUACAAACUCCAUGAGCGACUCCACAUCUAGGUCCCGGGCGAUAACGUCAUUUCUGACGUACCGCCCGGCCCCGACGAUAUUACGGAAGGAAAGAUUCUGCUGGGCCUGUAACCUAGAUCGCUGGGACGGCGACAGUAUUUGGUACCAGGCCGCAGCAGCGUAUGUGAAGCGGGAGCGGACAUAUGUCUUGUAAAUAGCGAGCUUAAUCCUGGUCGGAAGCCCGAACGCCAGCACCGGCCGCAGCAUGAACCUGGCCGCGCUCGCCGAACCGAUGAUUCGGCUGGCGUGCGCCGCCAUGCUCAGUGAGCGGUCGAUGUCGCACCCGAGGUACCGGACCUUCGGCUUAAACUCGACACACCUCGGAGAUUGAGCUUCUUGGGGAUGACUCUGAUACGGACCGGACCGUGGAGGAGCGCCGCAGUCUUACCCACGUUGACCGCGACUUUCCAACGGUCCAGCCACUGGGGCAGUAAGUCCAGAAGCCUCUGCAUCCUCAUUAUGGCUGCAGAUGGGAACGGGGAGGACGCGAAGUAGGCAGAGUCGUCAGCGAACAGUGCCAACAUCAUGUCCUCCUCUCACGCUCGAAGGUUGUCCUUCAGCGUGGGAAUGUCGUUCGUAUAGAGGGCGUAGAGGAUAGAACACUACCCUGUGGGACCCCAGCCGAUACUACACGCACGGAGGACCGUGCGUUCUCGACCGCGACAAAGAAGGAACGACCCUCCGUGUCAUUGCUGACACGAUUGAGUGAGGGAGAUUAGUAAGUGCAGGGCGAGUUAUACCGUCCUCGCCAGGGGCUUUGCGCCUUUUCAUCAUUUUGAUGAGGGGGAGGGGGGAGGGGUGGGGUUUCGUGGGGAGGCGAUUGCCAAAGUCGGUGCCAGACCCGGUCCGGAUGGGGACCCCUCAGCCUGCCGGCUCCCGGAGCCGACCCUUAUUGGGUCACGCCUAUGUCUAUUUUGGAACCCAAUAGAUCUGCCCUCCAACCCGACCACCACUCCACGGAUACGCAGUCAAUACUCGCAAAUGUGUUUAGUGUGGUAAAAAAAAAAACUAAAAACGUACAACGAAUACAAGAGGUACCCCUCUUACGCUCGAUCGGGUCUGCCGGACGCACAGACCAGAACGCUGUCGUUGGGGGUAGAUUGUAGCACCAGUCUGUACAAGCGCUGAUUGAAUGGAGACCUAGUCCAAAGACUGUGUAAAUAUAUAUGUAUAAGUAUACCUAUUCCUAUACCCGGUUAACAUGGACUACUCCAGCGUAUAUCGACAGACCGAAGGCUACAGAUUUGACGGUUCCGAAAAAAUUCCGGUACCGUGAAAUCCCACCUUUCCAGUCAGCCACACCACACCCGUGAAGCAACCCAGUCAACCAAAUAAUUAAUGCUAAAUAACAUAAACUACAACCUAAACAAAUAACACUUGUAAAACCUAUAAACAAAGGUGAUAGCGGGAACACUAGGGUGUGUGUUUUAGUGGGGUGCUGGUAGGCCAGCACCCCACUAAAACUACAAAUAACAAGGAAACUAGAGCGACUGGGCAAACAAUAGAGCGAGCGAGGCGGCCAAGAGAACAAUAGACACCCACCGCGCCUCGAAUUUAUCACAGUACUAGACGAGCGCGCGUGGGUUGCCAUAAACAGAGGGCCUACCUCGCUGCAAAAUUCAGUUGGAGACAGCGCGCCGACGAGUCAAGACCUCUCCGGGAGAAGAACAAACAAGAAGAGACUCGCGCCUACGCCCUGCGCCGGUCAAGCCACGAGGACCGUGUGAACGCCAUACUGAGCCUUCGUUAUUUUCCCCGAAGCAAUCCCAGCACCCGUUCCGCGACAGCCACUGCGGCAAUACUCGAGCUGCCACGUUUCAACGUAAGAAGUCUAAAAAUCACACGUGGUGGCCGAAACCUGAGCGGUAGCCGUCCGAAAUAUUGGUCCUUCGAGAGCCGGAUUCGUUUGGGGAAGACCGAAGAAAAUUUAAGAUAGAAGAAAUGGUGCUCACACGGUCCGAGACAGCAGCGACAGCCUAACUCAAGAUGGCGCCAAUCACUGUCAUCGGACCGGCGGGAGAAGCGGAUACGUGGGUUCUGUUGGAUGACGGGUCAACCAUCUCGUUGAUCGACGAUGACUUCGCGAGACGAGUCGGCGCGAAAGGACCGGUCGAACCUCUCUUCAUCACUGCCAUCGGGGACAACAAUAGACGCAACACGCUCACGACGCGUCCCGCUGAAUUUAUGCGGACGCACGGGGGAACCGCAAGAAUUACACCUACGGACAGUCAACGGCUUGAAGUUGACACCACAGCGACUGAACAACGAAGUCCUCGCGUCGUGCCAUCACCUCACCGACCUCCGGCAUCACUUAAAAACGAGCUACGCCUCGCCGAAGAUUCUGAUCGGCCAAGACAACUGGCACCUGCUGGUGACGGAGGAGAUGCGGACGGGACGACGCGAUCAACCGGUGGCGUCUCGUACUCCACUCGGGUGGGUCUUGCACGGAGCACACCCGGGAGGCAGGAGACAGCGCGUCAACUUCGUGGCUCACGCGACGACGGUUGACACAAACAUGGACGAAGCCCUCAAACACUAUUUCGCGAUCGAGGGACUCACCGUCGCCGCCAAGACGCCGAAGAACGAUCCAGACGAGCGCGCGCUGAAGAUUCUUCGGGAUUCCACCCAGCAACGACCCGACAGCCGUUACGAGACCGCACUGCUGUGGCGUGAAGAGAACUCAAAGAUACCCAACAACUUUGAAGCAUUAAAUCGCCUCACGUCCGUGGAGAAGAAACUGGAGAAGGAUCCAAAUUUGAAAGAGCGCUACAGGCAACAUAUGAACGCACUGGUAGCGAAGGGAUACGCCGAAGUAGCUUCGUCGACGGGUACGAAGGACCGAACCUGGUACCUGCCACACUUCGGCGUGACGCAUCCAAUGAAACCGGAGAAGAUUCGCAUCGUGCACGACGCCGCUGCGAAGACCAGAGGGAAGAGUCUGAACGACUUCCUGCUCACCGGCCCGGACCUGCUGCAGUCGCUGCCUGGAGUAAUGAUGCGCUUCAGGUAGCACGCCGUCGC